AUGUCAGAGACACUUGUGAAUGAUUGCAAGUCUGGACUUCUGCGUGAUUGGCAGGUUGCGCGCUGGCGCAAAGGGGGACGGCAUCUCCCGGUGUGGUCACGAUUUUCUGUACGGCGGUUCAGGACCCAGAAACCACAGCAGAAGCUUGAAUGGCCUCGAUGGCGCUGCCGUCUCCUUUCACAGGCUGUCAAGGAGCAGCCACAGUUGGCCGAGCGCUACACGGAGCAGGUCGCCAUUGCGUUGCAAGAUGUUGAUAAGUAUGAGCCCAAGAAGCUGAACGCCCUGCUGCUGGAGGUCGGGAGGAAGGUCUUUCAUGUACAACGGCCACAGAGCUUGCCGCCGCCCUGGACCGGGGCGCAACACAUCGGCAGCAUCAAGGACAUGUGGCACCAUUAUCGACUCAUGCGCAGGUCCAUCGAGGAGGCCAAUCGUUCUCGCGUGGGGCGACUCCGUUCGAUUUUGCAGGCUUGGAAGCACAGGGUUCGUUUCUUGAAAAUGCAUCGUGUGGUUCAAAAGCACUCGCGACAACUACGCAGGACCAGGUUGGCACAGCUGCUUCAGGAAGCGGAUGCUCACACACGUUCAGGUUGCAGUCAGGCGCUCUUUGAUCUCAUUCGGAGAGUGGCGCCCAAACAAGCCCGGAAACGAGCACAAUUGCGGUCCAAGGAGGGCAAGCUGCUCACACCGGCCGAGGAAGCCCGUGCCCUACAGGAUUUCUGGAGAUCGGUGAAUGGAGCACCAAGGUCCCUGCUACGAUCGGGGCAGGCCUCCAGCUACAAUAUCAUCCAGCAGGACAUUGAGCGAGCUCUACGUGAUCUUCAGGCGAGCAAGGCUGCCCCGCCCCAUUGUGCACCACAUGCCUUCUGGAAGUUGGCUUCUGCUCCGGUUGCUGCAUUCAUGGAAGAUAAGGUUUUCUCCGGAUGGCGAGAAGAUCAGGCGUGGGUCCCGGAAGAUUGGUCGGCAGCAUGGCUGGUGUUCCUACAUAAAGUUGGAAAGGCCAAUGACGAUCCCGCAUCAUUGCGGCCCAUCGCGCUGCUAGACCCCAUGGGCAAAGCAGUCAGCGGUGUUUUGAAGAGGCACCUCGAACCGUAUCUGCUGAAGGCAACUGCCAAGCUGCCGCUCUUUGGAUACCUUGCAAACAGAUCCCCGCAACAGGCCCUCACGUUGGUCUAUGAGCACUGUGAUAGAGUUCGAGCUGCCGCCCGAGCCCAAACUCGAUCUUGGUACGAACUACGAGCGGGACAGAAACGGUCCUCGUGUGCCGGGGGACUGCAGGUCAGUGUGGAUUUUUCUCAGGCAUUUGACCGUGCUGAUCGCAAACUUUUGGUACGUGCCCUGCAAUUUCUUGAAGUGCCAGAUGACUUGACAGAUGUGAUUCUCAGGUGGACCCAGAAUACGAUUUUUCACAUUGACAAGGCCGAUGCAUCCGAGCAGUAUCAUUCCAGCACUGGCAUCCGUCAGGGAUGCAAGUUGUCACCAACAUUGUGGUGCUGUUUGUUUACCUAUGUACUACAUGUACUGGAUCAACAACUUGGUACGGAGUGGAGCUUAGAGCACCUGCUUGGAUUCGCAGACGACAUACACUUGCGCUGGGAGUUUCAGGAUCGGGACGGUCUACUCAAGGCACGUGCUGAGGCGGGACGCGCACUCAGUAUCCUAGAAGACCUCGGUUUCUGUCUUAGUCGGGAUAAAACCGUAUGUCUGCUCAAGGCGGAGGGGGUACAGGUGCCUCACCUCAUGCGCAAAAUCACGCGCAAACGCCUGCAGCCUAAAGGCACUCUGCUGGUUCUCGAUGAGAGAUGGACUUUGCCGCUCAAGCGUGACCACAUCUACUUAGGAGCAGUGAUUUCAUAUGGCCAUUACGAGAUGCUCAAUGCCCAACAUCGCAAACAUGCAGGACAAGCGGCCUUUUCACGCCUACGUACCACUCUCAUGUCGCACCGUGCACUAUCGCUCGACAAGAGGCUGCAUCUGUGGCGCACCAUUGUCCUGCCAGCCACUCUGUACUCCUUGUCUUCUUCGGGAUACAACAGGAAAUCCUUUGAUCUCAUUCGGGUUUUGAUGGUCAGGCAGAUUCGGGCCAUUGCGCGCAGUCCGCGACAUCUCACCGAGGAGAGUGAUCUGCAUCUGCUUCAGAGGUUACGGCUACCGCAAAUCCAUGAGAUGCUGCUUCAGGUCCACAGUCGUGUUGUCAAAGCCACCACUGUUUUGCGUCAGACCCUGAGUCCACAAGAUGUACGGCUCACGACGGACAUUGUACAACGGGAAUGUCGGCUGCUGGAGGAUUUCAAGAAACUUGAGGCAGUGGAGGGCAAAGCGGAUGGUACACAGAACAGGCUCACUUGCGAGUAUUGCGGACAAUCCUUCGACAAUGAUGCAGCCCUGCGACAACACAAAGGUCGUAUGCACAGCAAGGACCGCAUGGAGGCCGCACCCACGGUCUUCGACAGGCAACAACAUGGCACUGACGGCAUGCCGCGAUGCCGCGGUUGCGGGCAUCCUUUCGCCAGGUGGGCGGACCUCCAAAAGCACAUCGAAGAGAAUCAUUGCCAAGGUCAACGACAGGCGGAACCGUCAGCCCCUGAGGAGCGACCCUCUGUUCUGCAACAGGCUCGUGAUGGCACGCUGCCAGUGCAAACGCUCCAUUUGUCCAUGAUGACGGACGAGCUAAGGCAGGAAUUGCUCUCACACUGUGCAUGCUGUAGACAGUGGAUGCCCAAUUCCAGAUACGUCAAGAUACACUGGGGCAGAGUGCACAAAACUGAAUCCCAGAAGUUUCAGGCUCGCACACUUCAGUGGCGCCGUCUCUCUUUCGAGCCUAUCAAGCAUACAUGCUCGUGGUGUCAGGGUACAGCUGCGGAUCGCUCGGAUCAUCGUGACACCUGUCCGGUCCUCUUUCAACUCAGUAUGGUACGGGCCCUCAUUGUGAGCACUGACGAGGUGGAGUCUUCUGAGGACGCGGCAGUGACGCUGGACAUGACCAUUCCAGCGAAGGAUGACAUACCGGCGGCGAUUCAGGAGGUGUUCGGGUCUCUGGUCGCGGAGAGCGGGCCGCUGAUGGCCUUCGGCGCGAGCCUCAACCUGGGCAAGCGCAACGCGGAGACUCCGCAAGGGCCCCUGACAAGCCGCCCAACCAAAACGGGCCGCCUCAACAACGGCCAAAAGGGAGGGCGCGGCAAAGGAGGGCGUCCUUGGCACCAGCAGGGCAGACGCUUUGUUUCCGAGUCCAGCCAACAGCAGCAACAGGAGGAGGUGAGCAUGGAGGACCUGUUGCGACUCCUGUCUUCGAUCAUCAUGCGACACGAGGACCAGUUGAAGAUUAUGAGACAAUCGACGGGAUGGGUGUUGUUCGCCAAGACAGCAGCUCCGUCCAUUGUACCGGGGAUCAUCAAAGCCUCCAUGAAGUGGAAGGCCGAGGUAGUCAAACCGGACUGCCAGUUCGCUCACGUGAGCUUGCGUGCAGUCCUCUUCUGGAAUCUGGUGGAGCAGAUGCUGGCGGUGCUCCAGGGACUCACCACGGAGAUGAAGGACAAGGCUGUGGCAGAGGGGUGGAUGAACAGUUCGGGAGCAUGGGUGUUUCAGGAGUGGUCUCACGAGAAGCAUUGCUUGCAAGUCGACAGCAACAAGACCCCAACGACAACGGAGGAUCUCCUCAACACCCUGCGGGAGCUGAAAACUCUCGCGACCUCGGAGGUGAUUUCGGCGUUCUUCUCGAAUCGGCCAUUGACGGAACACAUGCAAGGACACAUGGUAGUGUUCCAGCUGGAUGUGUCAUUCAGAAAGGAGGUGGCGCACCGCUUCUACGUGCUGUUGGAAGCUCUUCAAGGGCAGGCUUCCCUUCAACUCUGCGGGGUACAACUACGCAAGGAGGGCUUUCGCCGGUCGCCGGCGGUACAGAAGCUGGCAGAGACCCCAUGCUUGAUGGCUCUUUCAACAGCGCUGGGCUCACCUUCCUUAAGAUGGAGGUCACCGGCAAUGCAACACGAUUGUGCAGAAUUCUUCUCACACAUCAUUGACCGCUUGGGCAUCACAGCGUUUGAAGGAGAGUGGGAGGCGAUAUCAAUCGACCUACCUGAGGGGCGAGUGCACACUGCUCAGUCGCACCAGCUCUUCUGCUGCUGCGCUUUUCUAGAUAUGUACAGGGGGAAUGAUGACCAGUCAUCAGGCACGAUCGCCUACGAUGUGAUAGCAGCCAUUUCGCAUCAUGGUCACUCCUGGGGUGAAGUGAGUGACGGUCCACCGGCUGUGACAUGUUUUCUAGGGGAUUUGCUCUCAGUGCAAAAUCAGUGUUCCAGCUUUUCUUUCGUGUGCGCCAGCAUGAACUUACAUUUCGCGAUACAUCACGGUGCAAGCUACAUCAUUUACACAAUGGUUUCUUGGGCAUGCACUGGUUUUCAACAUAUGACGAGCACACAUGAUCCGGAUGCCACCAUCUAUGCGCCCUGGUUUGUGGAGGGGCGCUUUGAUGCGAAUCUUUACUAUCAUGAUUGGCCGGAUCCUUAUGAGCCCACAUCGCCUACAGUGCUUGAUUCCGAUGGGCAGUCCAGUUCUUCUGCACAUACAGUGGAAUACAUUCGCGAUGACAGUGUGGAUGAUGGACCGCUCAUGCUGCGUUUGUCAUUCUAUGUAGGUACUCCCAGUCUGCCGCUGAUCGAGCCUGACCCUAGUCACACCGCGGAGUGCAUGGCCAGGCACUUUCUACGCGUUGGCAGCUUCUUUGAGGAUCAGCUAUCUUCGUUGUGGGACCUACUUCCACAUGACAGCCCACGUGGACAUCAAACACUUCUGGAUGGUGGAUUCUCAUUCACCACAGGUGCUUUUCAGGCUGGUGGCUUGGUCGGCGUACGUAGCAACGCGCUUCAGAUGCCAUGGGUCACUGCACUGCUUUGUCGUAUUGUGCACUCUGUUCUGCUUGGCGAGGGGGCUGAGGAUUACCACUUCACUUCGCUUACGCUUUUGCGGAAUGUGCAUUCUGGCAUACAUCGAGAUGGCAACAAUCAUCCUUCAUGCAACAACUUGCUUAUACCCUUGAGCCGCUUCUCUGGCGGUGAAUUAUGGUGCUACAAUGCUGCUUCAGGGGAUGUUUGCUAUCCGGGCACUGAUCUGCCAGGGCUGGCUCAUGCGGUGACUCCACCUUUUCUGGAGUUCGACUCACGUGAGCUGCAUGGCACUCUUCACUGGACUGGCGUUCGUGUGAUACUCGCGGUGUUUCAUAUGAAAACUCCGGAAGACUUGAGUGAUGGCGAGAUGCAAUUCCUACGGCAGGUGGGUUUUCAGCCGUUGCUUUCCAGUGAGAUGAGUGAGACCACGUUGCGGACGCUGAGUGUGAAAAAAAAAACACUUGUGAAUGCAGGUUUCGCGUCCUCCUACAAGUUGGACCUCGGUGGAGUCGAUGAAGUUGUGGUGUUGUGUCGUGCUUUUGUCGAGGCUGUGUUCGAGGACAGAACGGUCGCGCUUAGAUUGUCUAGUGGUGCCGAGUUGCGAGGGCUUUUGCAUUCUUCGCUGACCGCUCAGCAAGCCAAAACGCUUGUCGGGCGGACGCUCGACUUGGAAGCUGCAUACAAGCAGAUGUUGAUCGCUAAGGCUUCGCAGUGGGCUGGAGUUCUGACUGUUAGAAACCCUUCCGGGGGGAACUCACUCUUCAUUGCCAACGUUCUACCGUUUGGCGGCUCUUCGGCCGUGUACUCGUUCAACCGACUGAGCCGUGCAUUGCAUAGGAUAGGCUCGCGACUGUUCUUUCUCGUUUGGGGGAAUUACUAUGACGAUUUUCCUCAAAUCGACCUUGAGGCCUGUGGUGACGAAGCACAAUAUGCGGCAGAGAGGCUCCUCUCCCUGCUAGGUUGGCGGUUCUCGCGGAAGGACAGCAAGAGGAGACCGGCAGCUCGCAAAUUCGAUGCAUUAGGCGUCAGUGUGGACUUAUCUGAAUCAUCACUGGGAAAAGUCAAGGUUGGCAACAAGGCCAGCAGAGUGGAGCAGAUUUCGGUUCAAGUGGCCCAGAUUCUCGCGACUGGGAGGCUUACAGUGGCGGUGGCAGCAGCUCUCCGCGGAAGAUUACAGUUCGCCGAGUCCCACAUGUUCGGCCGCAUUGUUCGCCAGCGCAUGCGUCGCUUUCAUAAAAGAGCUUGUGGAAGUGAUUCGGCUUCGCGCAUCAACCCCGAGCUCAGGGAUGAGCUGGAGUGGGCGAGGGAUUUUGUCAGAGUUUGCAGGCCCCGAUAUGUAGAAGCAGCACGGUCAGCUACACGCGCUGUUAUCUUCAGCGACGCGGCUCUCGAAGACAAUGAUUCUGUGGCUUCAGUCGGGGCUGUCAUUUAUCUGGAAUGGAAUGACGGACAGAGAAUGUAUCACAUGUCAGCUGCUGUGCCCGAAUCGCCCUUGCGGCACGUCCAACAAAAAUCUCCCAAGGUGAUCGCCUGCCUAGAGCAAAUGGCGGCCGUGGCGACAGUGUGCAGGAUUGCCCCUCUCCUCAAAGGACGUCGUGUUUCUGUUACAUAG